AAAAAAAAAAAAAACUUUUUUAGCACCAGAUUUCUUUUCUUUUCCUUCUCACCAUAAUCCCAACUCUGCAUUUGCUUUUACAGAAUCUGCCAAGAGUUUCUUCGUUCAAUUCCAAGCCAACGCCUUCUUCUUUCAUGUAAUUUUGUCGCUUUCAUUGACCAUAUCAUUGAUCGUGAUUUGUCUAAAUCAGCCAUGAUGAGGAGGCCUUGAUAUAUGCCGAUGACAAAAGAGUAUGAUGGAUAGCCAAUCUGGUCAUGGGUUUGACUCAGAUGAAAGUGACUUAGAUAUGCAAGCUGAAGCCUAUGAUUGUGAGAGUAUAGAUGAUGAGCUCCCAAAUAACUUAGAUUUCUGCGCAAGCGAAGAUGACAAUAUAUCAGAACAAUCUGUUGGAUUACCUAUAAAUGCUGAAGGUUUAGAACCACAUGUAGGCAUGGAGUUCAACUCAAGAGAUGAAGCCAGAGAAUUUUAUAUUUCCUACGGCAGACGCACUGGUUUCACUGUGCGUAUACACCAUAAUCGUCGUUCUCGAGUUAACAAUCAAGUUAUUGGUCAAGAUUUUGUUUGUUCAAAAGAAGGUUUCCGUGCCAAGAAGUAUGUAUACAGAAAAGAUAGAGUUCUUCCCCCACCGCCAGUCACCAGGGAAGGAUGUCAAGCAAUGAUAAGGCUAGCUCUGAGAGAUGGAGUUAAGUGGGUGGUAACCAAAUUUGUUAAGGAGCAUACUCAUAAACUAAUGAGUCCCAAUAAAGUUCCAUGGCGGGGAUCUGGAAAGCACUUAAUUAGUGAGGAUGAGAAGGAUAAGAGAAUCCGUGAACUAUCCCUUGAGUUGUACAAUGAGAGGCAAAAGUGUAAACGACGGUGUGCUGCAUAUGAAGAACAGCUAAAUAUGAUCCUAAAAGAUUUGGAGCAACACACAGAACAUGUUUCUAAGAAAGUUGCUGAUGUUGUACAGAGCAUAAGAGAAAUUGAGGAGGAACAGACUGAUGACUCUGACAGUGGAUGAAAUCAAUACAGGAUCAGCAUGUAUCCUCUCAUUUCCUCUGUUGUGAAAAAUGAGCUGUUGAGCCUAGCCAGACAUCUACUUUUAACAUAAACAAACAGUUUGAAUUGGUAUAAUCGUCAAGGUGAAUGACUUCAUAAUCCAUGAAGUAUAUUUUCCUGAGAAAAUCAACGGCCACUUUAUUAUGUCUUGGAUCAAGAAAUGUACAGGGCAUCAAUGACAUAUCUUUGCUAAAAGGUAACAAAGUUAUUCAUGAAAUUUGGCAUGGUGUGUUGUCAUAUAUUCACUGGUCUUUCUUUUAGCUUUUAUAAUAGUUUGUCUGAACCAUUUAAGAUUCAAUUAUGUUUCACUGUAAAAUAUACUAGCACAGAAUUUGUUUUUUCUGUUUGGAAUGUGAUUUCAUGAGCAAUUAACAUACA